UCAUUUCAUCGUCGUCCUCCCAAAGCCAAACAGAUUGCAGCACUACAGCAUGGCAAAUCUUCUUUACAGUUCAUAUUUCUUAUUUCUCUUCCUUUUCCAGCUUUCAGAUGCUCAGUCAUUCAUUGGGGUGAAUUAUGGCCAAGUGGCGGAUAAUCUGCCGGCGCCGGAGGCCACGGCGAAGCUCCUGCAGUCUACUUCCAUUGAAAAGGUUCGGUUGUACGGAGCGGACCCGGCGAUGAUAAAAGCGUUAGCGAAUACGGACAUUGGGAUCAUGAUCGGAGUGGCUAACGGCGAUAUUCCGACGAUGGCCGCCGAUCCCGGAUUUGCCAAGAGUUGGAUAGGCGCCAACGUUCUUGCCUUCUACCCCGCCAGCAAGAUCACGACCAUCAACGUCGGGAAUGAGAUUCUGUACUCCGGCGACCGGAAUCUGAUCACGCAGCUCUUACCGGCGAUGCAGAAUCUCCAGAACGCGCUAAAUUCCGCCGCCGUCGGAGGGAAAAUCAAGGUUUCGACGGUCCACGGGAUGUCUAUGCUGGUCUCCUCGGAGCCGCCGUCGUCCGGGAGAUUCGAUCCGGCGAUAACGGACUCCCUGAAAGAUUUGCUCAGCUUCAUAGAUUCCACCGGCGCUCCUUUCUUAAUCAACCCGUACCCGUUUUUCGCGUUCCAGAGUGACCCCCGGCCCGAAACGUUAGCCUUCUGUUUAUUCCAACCAAACGGCGGCCGAUACGACGCCGGGUCGAAGAUAACGUACAUGAACAUGUUUGACGCGCAGUUGGACGCCGUUAGGUCGGCGUUAAAUGCGAUGGGGUUUAAGGGAGUGGAGAUUGCGGUGGCGGAAACGGGGUGGCCGUACAAGGGAGAUAGUAACGAGGUUGGUCCUAGCGUUGAUAACGCCAAGGCUUACGUUGGUAACCUCGUUUCUCACCUGAGGUCCAUGGUCGGAACUCCAUUGAUGCCGGGGAAAUCAGUGGACACUUAUCUGUUCGCACUGUACGACGAGGAUUUGAAGCCCGGACCGACUUCCGAGAGAUCCUUUGGUCUUUAUAACACCGAUUUAACCAUGACCUAUGAUGCCGGACUUUCAAAAUCUUCCACCCAUCAGAGUCCAACGACGCCAAAGACUUCUCCGGCGAUGGCUCCUCCGGCGUCAAAGAAGAACAGUAGCUUGUGGUGCGUGCCCAAGGCUGGGGUAUCAGAUGCCCAAUUGCAAGCAAAUCUAGAUUAUGCUUGUGCACUACAAGGAAUCGACUGUAGCCCAAUCCAGCCCGGUGGGGCCUGUUUCGAGCCCAACACAAUCGCUUCUCAUGCGACAUACGCCAUGAACCUCGUAUACCAAUCAUCGGAAAAGAAUUCAUGGAAUUGUGAUUUCUCACAAACAGCCACCCUCACCUCCAACAAUCCUAGUGAGCCUCUCAUCUCCAACUUUUUUCUGAUUAGUCACAACUAUAACCCGAGAGUGUCCAAUGGGUAAAUAUGCUCAGGUUAUAAUGGAUGUAGCUAUCCUGGGGGAAGUGGCUGAGAAGGAAGACAAAUUGUAAUCAACUUAGCGUGUGUCCAUGUUUGAGUGGAUCUUUAUUCUUAUUCUUGUGUACGUGCGUUGGUGAGGAAAGUAGAUUUUGUGUGGAUAAGAAAGAUUCAUGCAAACAAGUUUUCUAUUUAUGGGUGCUCCUUUCCUUGAUGUAAACUAAAGGACUUCUGACACUGUUUUAUUGUGUGCUGUAUUCAUGGACUUCAAAUCCUUUGGGCC